CAAGAAAGUUAUACACACCUUUCUUUUUUGAAUCUCUUCAUCCUAAUGUUGAAAAAUCUUAUGUCAUGUGGUUGGAACAUUUUGGACCUCAAAAAAUAUCCCAUUUCUGAUAAACGUUUUCAAGAAACUUUAUUUUACAUUUCCUUUCUUUUUACAUCAUUUCUUGAAAAUUCAAUUUAUACCUGUCUGUCUCUUUGUCUAAGUGCAUGAAUCUUUGACUUCACUUGUCAAUCUCCAAUUUUCUUGGAAUCCCAUUUCAGUUUUCUUCUUGUUUUCAUCUUGGUAUCUCUUAGUUUCUUGAUUAUUUGGUUCUAAAUAAUCAAGAAAAUGGUGGGAGCUUUGUCUUUUGUGGGUUCAUCAGUUGUGGAUUCCCAUUCUAGUCCUUGUUUGUGUUUGGAUUCAGUUUUGCAUAAGAGUUCAUCAUCAUCAUCAUCAUCACUUGGUAGGAAGCAAUUGCAAUUGAGCAGUUCUUUUGUGGAUUUGAAGUUUUCAGCAAAAUGUUAUAAGGGUAAUUACAAGAAGCAGACAAAGGGUAGGAAGAACCUUAGGAUUGUGAGUGAUUUAGGUGGGCAAUAUGAAGACAGCUUUAAUGAUAUUAAAACGCAAAUACUUAACUACUUCACGUAUAAAGCAGUGAGGACUAUUUUGAACGAGCUUAAUGAAAUGAACCCUCCACAAUAUCAAUGGUUCAAUGAUUAUGUUGCAGCAAAUAAGCCUAAGGAUGGAAAGCGUUUCAUUCGUAACCUUGCAAAGGAGAAGCAAGAACUCGCUGAAAAGGUGAUGGUAACACGGCUCAGUCUAUAUGCGAAAUGGAUAAAAAAAUGCGAUCACGACGAGAUUUACAACCGAAUAUCUGAUCAAAAUGUGGAAGUGAUGCGUGAGCGGCUCAUGGAGACCGUGAUUUGGCCAUCGGAUGACACAAACACAGAGAUGGUUGGGUGAAAGAACCUCAUUGCAUGCUGUUGAUUUCACUUCACUUUUCUCUUUUGAAUUCUGUUUCUAUUAGCUUUUUCACUGAAUAUUCCCAGUAAAGUUGAUGUUGUAUUCUUCCCAGAGUCAUGGGGGUUCUUGAACUUAAAUUGUAUAUAACAGGGACUUUGUAUAUCAUAUUCAGUAUCAUUUUAGAAUUA